AGCACCUGUUCAUCAAUCAUAGAGUACGGGAAGAAAAAAAGGAGGAAACGCGGUGUUUUUGUUUUCCCUGAUUUGGCCUCCUAUUCUCAUUCAUUCUUCCCGUCGCCGUCACAACCAGCAACUCUCUCUAUAUAUUUAUCGUUCACGGUUAUCUUUCUCUCUUUCUCGCACCCGCGCUUUGAAUCAUUUUAUUCCCUUUCAUCGACCAACUUGCAAUACACAACACUCUAAUUUAAUUUCUUCACUCCGGUUUGAUUUCCUUUUCCGAUUCCGAUUCAAACGAGUGAUCGGUCAAUCUUCCAAAACAAAAUUACUAAAAAGGACCAUAUGUCGCUGCAAGGAAAGCUGGACAGCUUCAAGAAGCAGCAGGCGAAGUGCCAGUCGACGCUGUCAAGCAUCGCGGCGUCGAAGGCUGCCAAUCAAAAACAGAAACAGAAUCCUGCUCCGGCAGCAGCUUCUCCGGUGCCGGCAAUUAAAUUCUCAAAUGACACAGAGAGGCUUCAACAGAUCAACGGUAUCCGCAAAGCCCCCGUUGGGGCUCAGAUGAAGCGUGUCAUCGAACUCCUCUAUGAGACAAGGCAGGCUUUUACACCAGAACAGAUAAAUGAGGCUUGCUAUGUGGAUAUGAGGGCAAACAAAGAUGUUUUUGAGAAUAUGAGGAAAAACCCCAAAGUCAAAUUUGAUGGGGAACGAUUCUCUUACAAGUCGAAGCAUGAUGUUAAGGACAAAAGUCAGUUGCUUUACCUGAUUCGCAAGUUUCCGGAGGGCAUUGCUGUUAUUGACUUGAAGGAUUCUUAUCCAGCUGUGAUGGAGGACUUGCAGGGUUUGAAAGCCGCAGGGCAGAUUUGGCUGCUAUCCAACUUUGAUUCACAAGAAGACAUUGCAUAUCCUAAUGAUCCCAGGGUACCCAUUAAGGUUGAUGAUGACCUGAAACAGCUUUUUCGAGGGAUUGAAUUGCCGCGUGAUAUGCUUGACAUAGAGAGGGAUCUCCAAAAGAAUGGAAUGAAGCCUGCUACUAACACUGCAAAGAGGAGGAGUGCGGCGCAAAUGCAAGGCAUUACUCCCAAGGCCAAGCCCAAGGCUAAGAAGACCGAGAUCAGCAAGAGGACUAAGCUCACCAAUGCCCAUCUUCCAGAGCUUUUCCAGAAAUUGAAAGAUUCCUGACUUAAAUGAACUAAUAACAAUUGGUUGGUGAAUUCUGACUUGGCGUGAAAUGGAUCGUGUGUUUUCAACUCGUUCAGAUGGUUUUGUCCUUUAAAUUCUAUAUAAAAUACUUCUGGUUUUGGAUGUACCCAAUUAGUACGAGAUAAACAAUAUUUGAAAGCGGCAUGGCGCAAAUUCAGGGCAUUCCUUCUACAAGAUUCCAAAGCAAAAGGGCAAAGGUGGCUAGUCCGAUUUCACGAUGGUUUAUCCGAACUUGAGGUCAGAUCUUUGAGCCAAGCAUGGAUGGAUGGGGGGGUUCAUGGGGCCGAGAGAUAAUGUUAAGGAGGUUUCCACUGAUCUGCCAUGCUCUGGAUAAACAAAAUUUUCUUUGUUUAAAUAUUUCAGUUUACUGCCGUAGCUCGUCUUUUGGGUUUCACGGCUCACCCUAAUGGGAUGAUGCAAUUUAUUUCAACUUCGAAACUUUCAUAUACACACAAUUGAAUACAAAUUACUCUCAAGUUUGGCUCG